CUCUAGUCGCCCUCGCCCUUCCUGGGUCUUUCCCUGAACACGCUUAGUUCCUACGCGUCCUCUGCUCUUUAUUCCAUUAGGCAUCAUGCAAGAAAUGCUAAAGAGAAGGCAAGAUGAAGCAGAGGUAGAAUGUUCCGUAAGCCUAAUGGCCUGGAGCUCAUCCGCAAAAGAGAAUGACGGUGGCGGCACCGGCGGUGGCGGAGCAGGUGAUGAAGGAACAAAGAAGAUAGAGAACUCAGAGGUGGAAGAACACCCCUAUGACUUCCAUGUCUCCGGUCCCCGCAACCUUUCUUCUCCUAAUUGGAAGGAUCUUAUCCGCUCAAGCUGGCGGGAUCCCAAUUACAAAAGAAUGGUGAUUGCCUGUUUCAUUCAAGCAGUCUACUUGCUCGAGCUCGAUCGACAGGAAAAGCGGACUGAAGAGAACGGCCUUGCCCCAAAAUGGUGGAAGCCCUUCAAAUACAAGGUAACGCAAACACUAAUAGAUGACAGAGACGGAUCCAUCUAUGGCGCCAUUCUAGAAUGGGAUCGAUACGCCGCUUUCUCAGAAUUCAUAGUGGUGAGACCAAGUGGCGCCCCAAGAGCUGUGCUCGCUCUCAGGGGCACUAUUCUUAAGAGCCCGACAAUUCGAAGAGACUUGGAAGACGAUCUUCGUUUCCUCGCUUGGGAAAGCCUAAAGGGCUCUGUCAGAUUCGCCGGAGCUCUCGCAGCACUGAGAUCUGCUGUUGAUCGGUUUGGGAGCAGCAAUGUGAGCGUUGGGGGCCAUUCGUUGGGCGCUGGAUUUGCUCUCCAGGUGGGCAAAGCAUUGGCAAAAGAGGGAGUUUUUGUGGAGUGCCAUUUGUUCAACCCUCCGUCUGUUUCUCUCGCUAUGAGCCUGAAGAGCGUUGGAGAGAUGGCUGUGUCUAUUUGGAGCAGAGUAAGAGCGGCUCUGCCCACACGAAGUGCCGGUGAGGGUGGUCUUAUUGAGAAGAACGCUGAGGCCAGAGCUGUGAAGAUUCAGUGCACCGAGAUCAGCAAGUGGGUGCCUCAUUUGUAUGUGAACAACAGUGACUAUAUUUGCUGCUACUACAGUGAUCCCUCUGGACCUGAGAUUGCUAGAGAUGGUGGUGGUUUGGGUAAAGCAGGAGCCAGCGGAGGCGCCGCAACGACAGCAAAGUUGUUUGUAAUGUCAAAUGGGCCAAAGAAGUUCCUUGAAGCUCAUGGUUUGCAGCAAUGGUGGUCUGAUGACAUGGAGCUUAAGCUCGCUCUCAACCAUAGCAACCUCAUAAAUAGGCAGCUGAGGUCCUUGUAUGCUGUUCCAGUUGCAGCAGCAAAGAUGCGGUAAGCUGCUCUUCUGGUUGUUCACGCUGUUCAUUCCUACCUGAACUGAUUCCAUCCUGGAUUCAGGAAGUGUUGUUUGAAUGCUUUUUGAAUUUGCAAUUAGUAAAUUUGAAAAUUUCUACUUGUUAAGGGUUAUUGGGAUGCUUAUAUUUUAUUA